CCCGCCACAUCACCUCGCAUUCAGCAACCCGAGGGAACAGGAAGGAAGAGGAAACUGGUCCAAGAAAAGAAAGAAAUAAGUUGCGAACUCGCCAUCAUGUCAUACAGUAGCGAUAAGCAAUAGUCGUCAAGAGACUUCAGAUUUAUAUUUAUAUCCACAGGCUUCUAGUUUUGCGUUUGAAACUGACUGUUUGAAAGAUACUGGAAAUGUUACAGUCUCUCCCCAGCGGCUCAUGCGUACGGUUGGCUCAGAACAAUAGAUCGACAUGUUAUUUCAUAUUUCUUAUCCUGGGCUAUACUCUCUACCUCAUCUUCGGCGCGGUGAUCUUUUCCUCUGUGGAGCUGCCCUACGAAGACCUUCUGCGACAGGACCUCCAGACCAUCAAGCGCCAGUUCCUCCAGGAGAACGAAUGUUUAUCAGAGGAGCGACUGGAUUUCUUUUUGGAGAAGGCGCUGGAGGCCAGUAAUUAUGGGGUAUCUGUUCUGAACAACGCCUCGGUAAAUUGGAACUGGGACUUCGCAUCGGCGCUUUUCUUCGCCAGUACCGUGCUGUCCACUACAGGGUACGGCCACACGGUGCCGCUGUCGGAUGGAGGCAAGGCCUUCUGCAUCAUCUACUCGGUGAUCGGGAUCCCCUUCACCCUGCUGUUCCUCACGGCGGUGGUGCAGAGGAUCAUGGUCUUCAGCACUAGGCGGCCGGUGCAGUACAUCCACAGGCGCUGGGGCCUGUCCAAGUCCCUGGUGGGCAUGGUGCAUGCCACCGUGCUGGCCUUGGUCACAGUCUCCUUCUUCUUCCUCAUCCCCGCCAUGGCCUUCACCAUCCUGGAGGAUGAAUGGAACUUCUUGGAGUCCUUCUACUUUUGCUUCAUCUCCCUCAGUACCAUUGGGCUGGGCGACUACGUCCCGGGGGAGGGCUCUAAUCAGAGAUUUCGGGACCUCUACAAAGUGGGCAUCACUGUCUACCUGCUCACGGGUCUGGUGGCCAUGCUGGUGGUCCUGGAGACGUUCUGCGAGCUUCAGCAGCUGAAGGAGCUGAGGAAGAUGUUCUACCUGAGGAAGGAACGGCCGGAGGACCGCCUGAACAUCCUAGAGCACGACCACCUGUCCUUCUCCUCCGUGUCCGAGCAGGCCGCCACCCUCAGGGAAGAGAGGACUGAGCCCUACAUUAAGGGUCAGGUACUGGGGACCCCUGUGGGGGAUGACCCCAACAUCAGUUAAGAAGGUGGAGUCUGUGGAAGGUGGCAGGGGCUUGUUACUGGGAUAGAUAUCAUUAGCAUAGACGGGGGCAGUUCCAUUAUCAGGCAAGGGGUGAACUGGGUUUCAGGGUAUAGCACAGUCAGCCCUUGCCGGGAGGGAAGGGACCCCCGAGACAUUAUGGGCUCAUUCCAAUCUCUUAUUUUUCACCUAUUUUUUCUUUUACUAGCUCCUGAGCUAGAAAUCCAUCAAGGUCCGCCAUCUUGUCAUGAUUUAAAAGGAUAUUGCAACCUGUUAAAUGUUCCUUAAGAGCUAGAAGUUAGGAACUCCCAAUCUUUCCUUUGAGUAAGAAAACAUCAGCGCAUCCUUUGUGGAAGUAUUUUUUUCAGAAAGCUUGAUUUAUAAAUGAUCGACCUGUGGAUCCACCUCUCCCCAACUGCCACAUCUGUAACUGACGUGGCUUCAAACCAACCGCUCAAGGAGCAAGGAAAUUCACGUUUUCUCGAUUUCUCCGUGUUCAUUUUUCCUAGGCUCUCCCAAUGGGUGGAGCUAGGAGUAGAAAAAAUUGCUAGAAAAAGACAAAAGAUGAGAAAAAUAAGCGAUAGGAAUGAGCCCAUUGAUUUCCCAAAAAUGGGUGGAACUAUCAUCUGUUUUGCUUGCUUUAGCACAGAAACACAACAUCUAUUUCCCUCCAGAAAUUAAAGCUUAUUGUAUGUUAUGACUUAGGUACUAAGCUAUUCCUCAAAUUAAGGGAACUCUGUAAAUCGAAUGCAUAUAAUAUUUAUUGUAUGUACCUGUAUAUAUGGAUACUGUGUAUAAACAUAAAGGGAUUAGGAGAACUCAACACGUCUCCUGCUGAGAUCUGGACAGUUUUUUUGGUCAGAGGUAUAAGAACCAGGAAAUAAAAAAGAUGUUGGCUUUGAGAAAGGCAGUAUACAAAGAAAAUAAUACAUAAAAGGAUGGUCCUAGUAUUUAGAGGCUCAGAUUCAUACAUGUUUCUAGUGUGGAAAACCUCUGUAUCUUAUCUGAGCCUCACAUCUGAAAUUCUAAAAACGUGCAUCUUCAGGAUAGAUUUUACUGGAUGACUUUUGGAAAUGGGACAUAUCCAUCCAGUCCUGUGUUCUACUGCAUUUUAGCAGCUGUGUUGUUUUUAAGUGUUCGCUAUUUAGAUCAGCUCAUUUGUCUUUUUUGAACUAUUAUUCAACUGCAGUUUGUUACAAAUUGCAGGACCUCAACCAGGAACUGAACCCCACGGAGAAGUUCUGCUAAUUAAAUCAGAACACCUUAAUGUUGUCUUUAAAUGGUCAAUUUAGGGACACUUCGACACACCCAGGGCGGGAGUUGAACCGGCAACCCUCCGACUGCUAGAAGACUUACCGACUUACCACAGGCCACAGGCAUUUGAAAAACGGACAUGCUCAGAACACUUGCUUUUGUGUGUUUCAUCAGCAUAUCAGUCUGUGCAGACUACCUGUGUCUUGAGUUAUGUCUACACUUCCUUAAUUUAUUAUUUUAUAUAUUAAAGCGGAAUACAAAUGAGCAAACAACUAUGUCACUUUGCCUCAAACUCUUACUUACACCGCUCCCCCUCAGCUUACAUGUAUAGUAUUACACAAUGCUGUUCAUAUUUCAUAAGACAAUCUCAAGAGGCUCGUUAUCAGCAGUCUGUCUUGAAGCAUUGUGUGGAGUGAACAUUGUAUUUUUAAUGUUAUGACAUUGUGCUCUUCUGAAAGUGUGGGUGGAAAGUUCCGGAAGGAUGUGAAUAGUCUCUUUUAUAAUGGUGAUUUUGAGUUAAGAGGAACAGUGUCUCUACCACCAAGAUCUGACCUAUUAGGGCACACAUGCCUUUUAUGUAUUAUGGCCCUGCAUACACUAAUACAUGCAGUAGAAAACUAAUAUGUAUUAAAAAUAAAUUCAUGUUUUAUUACA